UCUUUGGGGAUUCAUUGCACCCACGCACCCCCCACUGAUCCAGGUAAAAGCCUUUAACGAAAGCAACAACCAACCCCAGAGGGAAGCUUUAAGCUUGCAAAGCGAGCAAUCAGCAACCCCUCUGGAUGAAAGCUGCUAGCCAAUGGACGUGGCUAGUUGUCCGUGGCAGGCAGUCAGUGCGUCAGAAACUGUCGCUGGGCGCUCAUCGUACGGCCCAAAUCCUUAUCCGCGCUGCCACCGUGGCACACACACAGGAAGCGAGACAAGCGAAGGCGUACAACAGAGGAAGAGAGAGAGAGAGAGAGAGAGCGAACAGAGUGGGAAGCAGCAGGCGCUGGGCCAGCUGGCACAGAAAGCGGAACUGGGCACCGAUUGAUUUUUUUCUCUUUUGGGCAAAACGGAAAACAACGCGGAAAAGUGAACGAGAAGUAAACAGAGCGCAGCGUUGAGGCCUGCAAUUCCAUAUGGAAAUGGAGGAGGCACUGCAGUUGGUCGAUGCGGAGCAGCAAGAGCGGAGGGAGCAGCAAGAGCGGAGGGAGCAGCAGGAGCAGCAGGAGGCCACGGUAUCAAUGGAAUCAUCCCCCGUUGAAGGCCAACAGCCUGUGCCUGAGACGAACAGCUGCCACGGCAAAGCUGCAACAUUUGCGGAGGAAACGGAGCCUGAGACGGACAAUGAGCCCGAUCCGGAGCCAGAGCAAAUGCUGAGCGAGCGAUGGUCACCGCUGGGUGCCAACUACGAUGACGCCAACAGUGCCAGCUCCGGCGUGGACUGCGAUCUGGAGCCCAACCUGCUGGGCCUGAGCCUUGGCCUAGAGAAGAGCGGGCCCGGCAUGGAGACGGAGAGUGCCAGCGAACUGGCGCGCCUACGCAGCAUCGAGGAGGAGCAGGAGCUGCUCACCAGCUCCCUGCUGGCGCUCACCUCGCACUUUGCCCACGUCCAGCUGCGGGUGCGACAGAUUGUUGAGGCACCGCCGGAGGAGCGCGACCAGUUGCUGCGCGAUCUGGAAGAUUUUGCCUUUCAGGGCAUACCCGAUGCGGGCGUUGGCCAGCAGAAGGAUUCCGGCGAGUCGGACACGGAGCGGGAGACAGAGUCCGAUGGCCGGCUGAUUGAGCAACUCAAGUCGCAGCUGACGGAACUGGAGCAGUUGGCAUACGAGGCCGGGGAGCCGGGCAUACUGCCACAGCAUGUGCUCCUCGAGAAGCAAAAGUUCAUCCUGGACGAGCUGCGGGCCAAGCUCAAUCUGCAGGUGGAGCAGCAGGAUCUGCCAUCGCUCAGCACGGACCAGCUGCGCCACCAGGUGGACAAUGCCAUCGGCGAGUUUGUGGGUCCGCUGAAGAUGAAGGAGCAACUGGUGGCCCAGCUGAAGACGCAGAUCACCGACCUGGAGCGCUUCAUUGCAUUCCUGCAGUGCGAUGCGGCGGGCUCUGGCUCCGGCUCCGGCGGCGGUUCAGGCUCCUCGGCCAGCGGCAGCGACCGCCUGAAGCUUCUCUCGGGCGCCUACAACAGCUAUGCGGCCAAGCAGACGGCCCGCUCCCAGGCUACGUUGCCCGUGCCGGCGGAGACUGCUCCGCCCGCUCGUGCUUAUUCCCAUUCCUCCGCCCUGCCCGUGGCCCAGGCCGGCGAGAGUCUGCACAGCAAGGCGCACGGACUGCUGGACAAGGCCUCCAUCCUCAUGCAGAUGUUCGCCAGCACGCACCUGGCCAAGCCACGCGAGGAUUUCCAGCAGAACACCCUGAAGAAGACGCACAAGGGCAAUCACUGGGGGGAUCUGCGUGCCCAGCUGGAGGUGGACAUCCAGGAGGUGGCCGCGCUGGCCGCCACGCUCAGCUGCGAUCGCGAGAAGUUGGCCAACAUCAAGCGUGCCCUGCGCCAGCAGCAGCAGGAGGCAGGAUCUUCCGGCACGUGCCUCAAUGCACAGAACGGAGCGUUGAUCACCUUGCCACCGCGCUGCAGGCGGGCUGUGGCAGCUGGCCAUGAGCUGGCACCAUAUGCGGCGGCCGCUGCGUCAGCAGCCACCUCCUCGGACUCGGACGAGGAGGCUAGCUACGACCGCUACGAGUGGGAGAAGGAUAUCAAAGGCCUGAGCCUGGGCAGGCGCAUCGUGCAUAUGCGUGGCGACUCCAUAGCCACCAUCGGGCGCGAACUGACGACGGUGGUGCGCAAGAACUUUGCCCGAACGCUGCAGCAGCUCAUCCAGCAUGGCCUGCGGAUACCCGCCGAGUCGGCGGCCUCCAGCCUGAUGGUGCCCUUCAUGCGGUGCCUGCAUCCGGGCACGCAGCGCAUGGCAGCGCCGUCUGCCCAGGAGUCGCAGUUCCUCGGCCUGGGCCGUGGCAUGCACGCCUGGGAGCUGAUCCUCGAGUACUAUCAGCUGAAGCACGGCGAGGAGUACAACAAUACGCCGGCGCGGAAGCUCUCUCUCAGCUUCCAGCUGGACAUUGUCGACGCGCAGGAUGUGACGGCCAAACAGAGCCUGCUCAGCACAGUGGGCAUGAUCCUGGCCAUGCACAAGCCCUACAAGCGCAGCCACAAUGCCCACUUUAAGGCGUUUGUCUGCGCGGGACUGAACUCCCAUUUGCUGGUGGAGUGGCUUAAUCUGAUACUCAGCUGCAACGAGCUGAUUGACAGCUACUACUCGUCCACCAGCUAUGUGGCCCGCACAGGCUUCCGCGACUCAUUGCGCUCCAUCGACGCCCUGUCCAAGUACGACUUUGAUCUGCCCGUGGACCUGGCCAUCCGUCACUUCCGCAACAUCUAGAGAGACAGAAGAUCAACUGAGAACUCUUAUUUUACGUGUUUAAUGUCUAUUUUGUUGGCCAUUAUUGGGUGCUAGUCCAAGUCGUACUCUCGUACUAUUCCCCCCAUCACUUAUGUGUAUAAACUCGUGUAUAUAACCUUAGAUAUGUCCCAUUAAAUCAAUUGCUAAUCCUA